AUGGAUGAAAAGGAUUUUCCCUCAACAACGGAUCCCUCUAGCUAUUAUAGUAAUUCUGAUAAAACUUCAGACAAAGACCCAGAGGAAAUUAUUUCUAAAACAGAUAUAAAAGAAAAUCAUGAAUACAAAUAUAAGCUCUAUGCAUUUGUUAUUAUAUCAUUAUUACAAAUAUUUGUAAAUUUCAAUAUCGGAGCAGUGCCUAUAAUGGUGAACUGGAUUCAGGAACCAUACAAUUUUACUAGUACAGAACUGGGUAUAAUGGGAUCACUUCCAUACGGAGGUUAUCUUAUCUUUUCUCUAUUUGUUUCACACAUAUUAUUUAAUUAUAGUACAAAAAAGUCAAUAACGGUUGGGUUGUUUUUCAAUCUUUUAUCAUUGGUCAUUUUUGCGCUUUCAGUGAACAAGUAUAUGUUUUUCUUUUCUAAUUUUUGUAUUGGUGCAUCACAAUCUGCAUUUUCAACUUAUUAUCCUAUAUGGGUUGACACUUUUGCUCCAAAAUUUCACAGAAAUCUCUGGAUGUCAAUAUUACAGGGAGGAGCUUUUACGGGUUCCAUACUAGGUUAUGUUGCUACAUCACUAUAUUCGUAUGCUGGGGAUAACGGAUGGCGAUACAGUAUUCUUACUCAAAUUAUAUUUGGUUCAGUUUUAACAAUUUUGUUUUAUUUUAUUCCUAAGGAAUUUGUAAACUUUGAUCCUUCUAGGGAUGAACAUCUGGAUUUUGAUCUUUGUACUUGUAAUAAAUCAAAUUCAAAUACGGCAGAAAUGGAUAGUACUAACAAAAGUGUUUGUUUAUCCAAUACAUGUGAUGAUUUAUCAGAGAUUUGUUAUUAUAAAUUAAGACGUUAUACUGUUAACAUUGUUUUAUCUAAGGCCUCUACAUUAGCCAUAAAAAAUAACCAACUUAUUGAAAGAGUUUAUUCUACUUUUCAUAAUUCGAUCAAUAAAUCCGAAUAUUCUAAAUGCAAUAAAUGUUUUAUAAACAAUGUUAAAUUAUAUCAAGAAACGAUGAAUGUAAAAAAACUUUCAGUAUGGUCAAAAUUUAAAUUAUUAAUUAAACAGCAUGUAUAUAUUUUAACUUGUAUCGCAAUGUCUGCAUUAUAUUUUGUGGUUUCCGGAAUUAAUUUUUGGAUGACAAAAAUUGGUGUAGAUCAUAUUGGAAUAAGUGAAAGAACGUUUUAUUUCAUAUUUACACUUCAAGUAUCAACAGGAAUGUCAUUCGGAAUAAUUAGUGGAUCAUACCUAAUUGAUCAAAUUAUUUAUCAUUACCCUGAACAUCCACUUUUAGUUGAUAUUGUUCUUAUUAUCUAUACAACAUUUGCAAUAUUUUUUGGAAUUAUACUUAUUUUAUUUCAAAUUCCAAUUGUUUAUGGGUUUUGCAUCUUCAUUUUAAUAUUUAGUGGAGCUUCAAUCGUUCCUACCUUAGUAUUACAGUCGGUUGCUUAUCUUCCAUACAAUUUAAAACCAGUUGGUUCACUAUUUUUUAUGUGUCAAUAUCAAAUAUUCGGUUAUAUGUUUGGAAUUAUUAUGCCAGGAGUUGCAAAAGAUAUCUUUAACAGUUACACUGCCGCUCUUUGUGUUAUUUACCUACCUGGCUUUAUUACACUCUUUUCUUUACUUUCCAUCUUCUAUAUUAAAUUGAAUAAAAUUAAAACAAAAAAGUUAAAAAUUAAAUGUUAA